GGAUCUGUCUUCUUUUGAGGAGCCUGGGAAUAUGUCAGCCAUAUCACAGGCGCAAGGAUUCGCUGAGAACGGCGUACGAGAUGAGAUUUUCAAUAGAUGACUCCAACGGAGCAGCCUUUAGCGACUUCAAGAAAACGCUGAGGUUCGGCGCAUAGCCAGUCUGUGUUGACGGCAUGGCUGAUCAAGCUGCUGGCCUUGUGGCCACGGACUUUAUAUUUGUAACGGCGCAAUUGUUGAAAUUCUGGAGGGGCAGUUCAGAGGUGGUUCUGCUUUCGGCGGGGAGUUUGCAGGGGUACUGGGCAUCAACGGUAAAGUGGAGGCAGUGAUCAAAUAUUGCGAUCCGCGUAGUGUUGCUGAAAGCUGCUAGAAGUUGGGAAACCGUGUGGUUGGGUUUGAACAAAGUUCUUUGUGGUAGACAUAAACUUAUUUUGAAGGAUGACUCCCGAGUUGAGUUUGGAGUCGCGAGCGCUCGGCCGUCUCACUCCACAUCAUUCCGCGCGACCAUUGCCCGCGCAAUCCGUGAAGCUCCAAGUUGGAAGCUCCAGCUCCAGCUCCAGCUAUAUACUCGAGCUCAUACCCAUUUCAGUCCAGCACAUGUUCUUUGUUUAAAGUACCGAUAGAAGGAAGUCAUUGUAAUUUUCAGCGAUAUCCCGUCCCCCUCUCUAAGCUCCGAGGCUCAGCUGCACGCCCUCUCAACUCGUGCUGUGGGAGAACAACAACGAGCAACCCUCAACGACGCAUACCGACGAGCGCGUAGUGAUUGACAACUGAUUCUGUGCGAAACCACAGAUAAGCAGAUUGCUACGUCCUUUACUUGCCUUCGCGGCUCUUACCCAAACCCCGCAUUAUCGAUAGAAGCUUCAUCCUCCUCCUUCAUGGCUCGGAAAGAACGAUGAACUCUCUGAAUAUCCUCUCGGCACGAGUGUCUCCGCCGCAGACUCCAUCACCAUCGAGAAGUAACUCUUUUGGAAACAUAUUUUCUUCUGCAACCGGGACAGAGUCGAGGAGGAAUUCGCAAGAGGAUAUAUUGGAGGAGAAAGCAGAAUACCCAUGCGAUAACCCUGAGGGAGAACAGGAAGAUGUCAGAAUUGUGCAUGAAGAGACCCCUCUCCUAGACAAGGAAGCCAGCGAGGUCAAAGAUCCAGAGGUCGCAGGGUGGCGCAAAAUUCCGCAACGGAUCUCUUUCGCUCUUAUCGAAUCCAUACGCUGGUUCCUAUCCACACUAGCUGCUCCAGGUGUUUACCUUUUUGCAUGUCUAUGUGAUGAGCAUGGAAACUUUGCCCCUUUCUCUCAGAUGAAGAAUCUAGGUACAAGGCGUGCGUCGACUGCGCACGCAAUCGGCAAUAGUUCCACUGCGGACGGACAACAGGGAGAGCAGAGUCGCGGGAAGAGUUCUGGGAAACGCGCGUCUACCAAGGGAAAGAAGGGCUUCUCUUCAUAUUCUUCUUCAUCAGGACUGUCUUCUGAGUCCGAGUCCGAUCGGGAUCGGUCUAUGAGCGAAGCAGAGCAUUCAACGUUGUCUGGUACCGCGCGUCACAGCCGUUCGAAGUCGCUUCAGGCUUCUGACGAGGUUGCUCCAGCGCGACGUUCUAUAAGAAUCAAACUUCACAAUGAAGAUAGUGUACGGCAGAGGAAGCAUCGAAAAUCGCAGUCAACGAGUACGCAGAGUAAUGGAUCUGGUGCUAUUGCCGCCAACGAGAUCUCGCCAGCAACUCUUAAGUCACCAACAUCCCCAGCAUCAUCUCUUUCCAUGACAAAAUACCCUCGUGCGCCUGCACCACCAAGACCGCUCAUCCCUCGUCGUCAGCCUUCCUACACUGUCGAUGCGCCAAGCGGGAAACUUGCUCAGAAGACAUUAAUACUUGACCUUGACGAAACUUUGAUUCAUAGCAUGGCUAAAGGUGGCAGGAUGAGCACUGGUCACAUGGUUGAAGUGAAGCUGAACACCGUGGUCGGGGCUGGUGGAAAUGCAGUUCCUGGCCCUCAACACCCUAUUCUCUACUAUGUUCACAAGAGACCUCAUUGUGACGACUUUUUGCGACGAAUCUGUAAAUGGUACAACCUUGUUAUCUUCACUGCAUCUGUCCAGGAAUAUGCAGAUCCUGUGAUAGACUUCUUAGAGACGGAACGGAAAUUCUUCUCCGGUAGAUAUUACCGUCAGCACUGUACAUACCGCCAUGGCGCUUUUAUCAAAGAUCUGAGCUCCGUAGAACCAGAUCUCAGCAAGGUCAUGAUUCUGGAUAAUAGUCCUCUGAGCUACAUGUUCCAUCAAGAUAAUGCAAUACCCAUAGAAGGCUGGAUCAGUGACCCUACGGACAAUGACCUCAUGCAUCUCGUGCCAUUGCUAGAGGGUCUGCAGUAUGUUACUGACGUGCGAGCCUUCCUUGCUUUGAGGGGAGGUGAAGAUGGGAAGCACAUAGCUUAAUAAACACUGAAUUGUAUUAAUCAUGGCUAUAUUUGUUAUCAAUGCACUACUAUUGAUGUUUGAAAACGACAAGUUCAACCGCGACAUGUUCUUUAGAACCUGAAGCGACUAGCUCAAUUCUAUCUCUGUUCACUUCAUGAGUGAACACAGGUAGGAAUAUAUUUGCAAACCAGAAAGUCUGACCCGAAUCAUACGCAAUACUCUUACUCUACUGUAUAUAAUGAAGUAGCCAGCGGAGCAAACCAGACAAAGAUAGC